AUGCUACAAACAUAUAGAGGAGUCUUGAGGUCCGUCAUACGACUGUCAUUGACAAUUACCAGGAAAUAUGCCCAGACUGCAGGAAUCGAUGUAAAUAAAAUAGGAUUACCCAAAACCCGAAACAUUGGGAUCAUCGCCCAUAUCGAUGCUGGGAAAACUACAACCACUGAAAGAAUGAUCUAUUAUAGUGGGAAAAUUAAAAGAAUUGGGAAUGUUGAUGAAGGGGAUACAGUUACGGAUUAUUUGCCUUCUGAAAGAGAGAGAGGUAUAACUAUUCAACUGGCGGCAAUUACCUUACCUUGGAAUGGACAUAAAGUGAAUAUUAUUGAUACUCCAGGACAUGCGGAUUUUACAUUUGAAGUCACCAGGUCUCUUAGAGUUCUUGAUGGGGCAGUGACAAUUCUUGAUGCAGUAGCUGGGGUGGAAGCACAGACUGAAAAGGUUUGGAAACAAGCUCGUGAAUUGAAUUUACCUAAGAUUGUCUAUGUUAAUAAGAUGGAUCGUCCUGGUGCUGGGUUUAGUAGGACUGUCAAAGAAGUUAUUCAAAAGUUGGAAACUAGAGUCGUGUUAUGCAAUUUACCAUACUUCAUAACUGACGCAAACCAAGAUUUGGUAUUUAAAGGAGUUAUUGACAUAAUCCACAAGAAACUUUUAACAUGGGAUUCACAAGCUGACUCAUUUGGGAAUGAAAUUACUGUCCAUGAUAUCGAAUCCUCAAAGGAUUCAAUGCCAGAAGUUUAUGAAAUGCUUUGUAAGUCUAGAGAAUCCAUGGUUGAAACAUUAGGUGAAUUUGACGACGCGAUUAUUGAUUCAUUUUUAGAAAAUGAUGAAGAUUAUUUGAAAAUCCCAUCUUUAACCCUUGACAAAGCAAUCAGAAAAGCAACAAUUGAGAAUUAUUUAACUCCUGUACUUUGCGGUGCUUCAUUUAGAAACAUUGGAGUUCAACCUUUGAUGGACGCUGUGACUAAAUAUUUACCAUCCCCGUUGGAAACAGACAUGCCAGAAAUCAUCGUUGAUAGAUCAAAAAUGACCAUCUCCAAGAAGAAAAAGAAGCAAACAGCAUCAGGAGAUUCGGCCACAAAAGAAAUAAAGAAAGUGAUGGAUAAAGAUGUUGGAUUAAUUGUUGAAAACGAUAGAAACUUGACCCUUGCGUUAGCUUUCAAGGCAAUGACUCAUGCAACCCGUGGUCCUAUGACAUUCAUCAGAGUAUAUAGUGGAAAGCUUUAUUCAAACUCGAUUGUAUUGAAUUCAAGAACUGGUGAAAAAUUACACAUUAGGAAGCUUUCAAUCAUGCAUGGAGAUACACCUGAAGAAGUCAAGUUUAUAAAUUCGGGAAAUAUCGGGGUUAUUCCUGGACAUGAAAAAGAUUUCCAAACUGGGGAUACUUUAAUUGCAGGUAUGGCAGCUAAAAAAUCUUUCUCUCCGUUAGAAUCAAGUUUGAAACUUUUGCCGAUUGUGAUUCCACCUCCAUUAUUCAAUGCUGGUCUUGAGCCUGCAACUGCUGGGGAUGAGGCAUAUGUUAAACAAUGUGUCGAUACAUUAGUUCGUGAAGAUCCGUCAUUAAAGGUAACUGUUGAUGAAGAGAUGGGCCAAACAAUCUUGGGUGGAAUGGGUGAAUUACAUCUUGACAUCGUUAGAGAAAGACUUGUGAAAGAUAUGAAGGCAAAAGUAAAACUUAGAGAUGUUGCUGUUGCUUAUAAGGAAUCAUUUUGUGGAAAGAGAGAAAGAGAAGGUGAAUUUGUGAAUGAAGAUGAAUCCGUUAAAGUCCAAGUUUCUAUUUCAGCCUUGCAAGGAAAUGCAAAUGAAAGCAUAUUCACUGAAGAAGAAGACUGUAUGAUACUUGAAAAUGAAAACUCUAUCAUCAUUAUGGAACAAGAUGCCGCUGCAGAGAAUGUCAUAGCUGCACUUGAAGAAAGAAGAUGGAAGUCAGAAUAUACCCCAGAAGAUCUUCAAGAAGCAAUUGCCAACGGGUGUAUGACUGCCAUUCAAGUCGGUGGACCGAAUUAUGGAUUCCCAUUACAUUCAAUAGUGAUUAGAAUUAAACAUUGGAGUUUCCCUGUUGAAUCAAGUCAACCUUCGGUGAACGUAGGUACUUUAAUGAGUGCUGCCAGACAAGCUGUUUCACAAAUUGUUUACGGACAUAGUCAAGAGUUUUCUGUUCUCGAGCCAAUCAUGGAAACUAAGGUAUAUGUUGAUUCUAAUGACUUGGGUGAAGUUUCCCACGAUUUGACCCAAAGAUGUCUGGCAAUAAUCCAUACUAUUGAAGAUCAAUCAACUGAUCACUUGGAACAUACUUCCUGGACUAGCGAAGAAGCUGAGAAAGUAUAUGUUCCCCCAGACUAUACUUUACAAAACACAAAGGGAGUCACCAGCGAUGUUUCUAAUAAGAAGGUUAUCAUUGCUGAAACUCCAUUGCGAGAAAUGAUUGGAUAUUUGUCAAAGUUACGUGCCAUGACUAAAGGAAAGGGCACAUUUGAUAUGGCAUUUGUUGGUAUGAGAAGAGCUGUUGGACCUAGAGUUGAAGCCAUUGAAAAAGAGUUUCGUAUGUAA